AAAAUGCCGAUCGCGUUUUAGAUGCCCUAAAUGGUGCAUCUAAGUGUGCUGUCCAGCUAGGCUCCCGACUAGCUUUUGAGACAGGUCGCGGAACGAGACUUCCGGUCAUAUCAGUGUUGCGUGGCUGUAAACUGUUUUGAUUGAGUUCAGCGUUUCAGACUCAGACGCUCGUCUCUGCGGCAGAGCCAAAUGAACGCCUUCAUUUCGUUUAACGUUACCUCCAGACAUGACAGCACUGAAAUGAUGCAGUAUUUAGGUAUCCCAUCCGCACAAGACAUGGAUAACAUCCACGGGAUAAUAUUAAAGGAGUGAAUAACUGUUACUGUGAGCACUAUUUUGUACUGAACCGGAUUGUUAGCUUAGCUGGCUAGCAGAUAGAUUUUCAGUCUCUGCUGCUGCUGGGUGGCGUUACCCGAGAACGGACAUCAGCUAUGGGAAUCAUAUUUACAAAGUUAUGGAGGCUUUUUAACCACCAAGAGCACAAAGUCAUUAUUGUUGGGCUGGACAAUGCAGGAAAGACCACCAUACUUUAUCAGUUCUCUAUGAAUGAAGUGGUGCACACUUCACCCACCAUAGGCAGCAAUGUGGAAGAGAUUGUGGUCAAUAAUACUCAUUUCCUGAUGUGGGACAUUGGAGGACAGGAAUCACUGCGCUCCUCUUGGAACACUUACUACACUAACACAGAGUUUGUGAUCGUGGUGGUGGACAGCACAGACAGAGAGAGAAUCUCAGUGACCAGAGAGGAGCUCUACAGGAUGUUAGCCCAUGAGGAUCUAAAAAAAGCUGGUUUGUUGAUUUUCGCCAACAAACAAGAUGUGAAGGGUUGUAUGACUGUUGCUGAGAUUUCUCAGAGUCUUCAGCUUACCUCCAUCAAAGACCAUCAGUGGCACAUCCAGGCCUGCUGCGCCCUCACUGGAGAAGGGCUCUGCCAGGGUCUAGAAUGGAUGAUGUCACGGCUGCGAGUAAGAUGACCUCAGACUCACACCAGUGUGCUCUCUCUGUCUUUCCCACCGGGUGUCGCUCACUGUGAAGGUGACUCAGCGGCGUCACCAGAACUCGUUUGAUUAAUUUAUUACAGAUUAUUGAGAACUGUGAAUGAACAAUCUGUAACUAACUCACUAAAAUAAGUCAGGACUUGUGAGACAGCAUAAACCCAGUGUUUUUCUCCACGGAUGGCCAUUGAAAAAGGAAUAUGGUGAGUAAGAGAACUCGUCUCUGGCUGAGCGGAUCCCUGCCUGGAGUGGCCUCGCUGCUUUACCCAUCUACCUGACAUGGUGUUGCCCAGUGUGUGCAGUCCAGUAUUUUCAUUAACCUUGUGCCUGUGCCUGCACCUGACUCUCUGUCCCCUCUGGCUUGAGGAGACACAUUACCAUGCAACGGGAGACUGCACUCAUGUAAAAUACAACUAAAUAAAGUGUUUUUAUCUGUCAUGA